UUUGAGAUAUCGCACCAGGGAAACAGCUUCACCAUCGAUUGCUCCUUGGGAACAUGUACCUGUCCUUUUUAUGAAACCAUGUGGCUUCCGUGUGUGCAUUUAAUGGCGCCAUACAGGCAGCACGCGUAUCCGACAAGCCAAAUACCUAUUUGCAUCCGCUGGCUGGCGGAAUACAACCUACCCACAGAGUCCAUGCCGUUGCGGACGUUGAAAGACCCCGUUACGAAACCAUCUACGUCCAAAAUUGCACAUCUUGUACAUCGUCUGAGAAGUGCUGAAGAGGUUAAUCCAUCCGGAUUUUCG